CCGGCGUCCGCUGACGCCUCUGUCCGGCACGAUUCUGUUAAUGCUCGAAAACUGAACAGUUCUCUGUUGGUUGCAUCCCACCGGAUACCCAAAUUACAAAAGCUCCUACGAACAAUGGCCACAGCGAAGAUUGCUACCUUGGUAAUCCGAACUCUAGCAAAACCCAUUAGCUCCCAAAUCAAGAACCAAGCAAAACAGCAUGAGACGUUCCGCACGUUCUGUGUUGGACUAGCGCAGCGGAUGCAUCGGACAGAAGUAAAACUCCGUACAAACAUUUUGGGUGAACCAGCGAAGCACAUUAGACCAUUAUCUGAACAACGAGCUAUAGAAAGCGGGGCAAAUGCAUUAGCAGAAGGGUUUCUUUUCACGGUCGCGGCAGUGCUCAUUAUCGGGGAAUCAUGGCGUUCUUCAAGAAACCAAUCUAAACGACGUGAUAACGUGGAUGAUAAACUGGAGGACCUGGAUAAUAGAGUUGCUGAGGUGGCAACGCAGUUUAAUGGCUUGGUUUCCCAGAUGGAAGAGCAAUUGGAGGAGGAGAGACGGCGAAACGACGAGCUUUCUCGAAUUUUACAACGCAUGGUGGAGAUCGGCUUGCGAGGAGGUUGGGCAGAAUUCGAGGAGACGCCUCUGCAAAUACCACGCGUCAGUCUCGUAGCACCUGCGGUUACAGGUUCACAAGCUCCCCCCUCUGAUGCGAAAGCAUCUUCCGAAACUCGCAUCGAUACCCCACCAGAUUCCAAAUCUUCCUGAACCAUAUAUAUCUAAUCUAUCGAACACCCCAAGUUGGCACUAAUGGUAUCAACAUAUAACGACA